AUGGCUGCCGCCCUCGCCACUCUCCCGCCUAUCGUCCCCGCACCGGCCCAGUCCACCAACGAGCAGCAGAGCUUGGCCCGCCUCACCCUCAACCACAUCCUCUCCCCGGAACUUUGGGACCUACCAGAAUGGAAUGGCCCGCAUGUCGAGGACCCUCACAAUGUCGCCGAAAAGAUUGAGAGCAUAGACACCUCCGUCGCGCUCCUCAAGCGUUACCGCAACUCCCUCCGCCCCGUCCACAGACUCUCGCCGGAUAUUAUGGCGCUCGUGUUCAUCGAGAUGACCACCGACUACGACAGUCCCCUCCACGGUUCCUUCGGCUCCUGCUCAUGGUCGUACAUCGCCCAUGUAUGCUACCGGUGGCGCGCAAUCGCCCUCGCGUGCUCCACCCUCUGGACGCAGCUCAGCACCCGAUAUUCGGACGCCGCCCUCACAUGCCUCGAGCGUUCUGUGGACGCACCUCUCUCGUUCGUUAUCGACUCUCGAGCUUCCGUGGACAACGCAAAAGACCUCGUCGACCGCGUUUUGCCCCACAUGCACAGGAUGCGCCAGCUAUACAUUCCCUGGACGCUCCUCCAUGACGAUGCUGGAAACGUUUCCCAACUCGUGUCUGGCCUCAUCGACGCCUCGGCACCCCUGCUCGAAGUGUUCCAUCUUUACCAAGUCCGCAAUGAUGGCAAAUGUUUCGCCCUUCCCCCCAUAUUCGGAGGCCAAACGCCUCGCUUAACCCAUCUGAAGCUCGUUUACUCGUUCCCUCAAAUGGAGUCGGUGUCGUUAUCCAACCUGAAGGAGCUAUAUAUCAAGGGCAGGAAACGGGAUUUGAUCACCAUGGAGCUCGCCCGGCUUCUGGACAUGCUGGCUUCUUGCCCUGUGCUUGAAGUCUUCGUCACACUGAAAGCACGCUUCGUAAUCAACGAGCCGCUCGAGGAGGAGGGCGAGACCCCUCGCCAGAUUCGACUGGACAACCUCCGACGAAUCGACAUCGCGCGCUGCUCAGCCGGGGUUGUCACCGAUCUCCUCAGUCGUCUCAUCAUUCCCAAUUGCCAGUUACGCAUGAGCGUGUGGCUGGAGCGCGGUAGCGACUUCCGGUUCGUCUUCGGGGUCCCCCUCGAGCUCAGCGACGAACAUCCACUCCGGGACAUCCGCAAGCUGCACGUCAACUACCGCUCCAGCAUCGGCGCCCUCACGCUCGAAGGCAACACGGGUGCGCAUCCCUUCCACCUCUCGGCCACGAUCCCGAACGGGUCCGACAUUGGGGACAUGCCGACAGUCUCCGGCCAGCUGCUUCUUUGGGUCGCCAAGACGCUAGACCUCGGUCUCCUCGAGGAGUUUGUGAUUGCGGAGUCGCAGUACUACCACCCACACAUCGGCUUUUCGCGCGAGGUCUGGCUCCAAGUCCUUUCGCGCAUGCCGCUCCUCCGCACACUCCACAUCCGCCUGCAGAGCAUCACCGACUCAGGCUUCUGCCGCGCCAUCCUCUCCGCGCUCAACACCUCGGACGAGAUCACGGGCAAGUUGAUGUGCCCGCUGCUCGAGCAGAUCAUCCUCGUCGACGACAAGACGUGGUCGUCGCUUCAGUGGUGGAAGUUCGCGCAGGCGCGCAAGGCGCAAGGCCACGGGCUCAAGCGACUUUCGCUGUGCCUCCCCCACUACGAGAACGUGGAGGACAUGGCGGACACGGAUCUCACGGAACUACGCGAAGUGGUCGAGAUCGUCGACCUGGACCCGCAGGAACCACAGUCCCCCGUGUUUGCCAGUACUGUAAAUUGGUGA